CGGCAUUGAGAAAAGAAAAAGAGAGAAAGAAAGGACCGGAUUAGUGGGUUGUGUCGGUGGCGCACCGGACAAAGAGAGCUAGCUUGUCGCAGAAGCGGGCGGGCUGGCGCGUUUCUUCUAGGGGCAACGAUGGCGCAUAUCACGCAACAGCAACAACAAGCGCCAUCACCGAAGUGACGUUCACCCAGGGAUCCGGUCCUCGUAACCGCUAACCAACCCGCCGGCUCACGUUGCAGCAACCAAGGCCCGUCAAGCGUCAGGGCCGGGAGGGAAGAGAGGGAAGAGAAGGGGGCCUCCGAUGGACGAACCCCCCCUCCGAGAGGGAUCAGAAGCAGACCGACCGACGCUCCCCCGUCUCUUCCAUCGGGGUCAUCACCAAGCCUCAACGACCCGAGCCCGAAGCUCGCUCCCCUCCCCCUUCUUAAACACGAAAGUGGAAACUUGCAUUGCCUUGCCUUGCGCGCACCCAAUCACACACAUGGAAGAAAAAGAGCCACAGUCGACAGGGCAAGGUUUUGAUUCAUUCGCAUCGCGUGGCGUCACGUCGGAAGGGGGGGGGGUCUCCUCUCCCUCCGAAGGUGAACCCCUCUUCUACAAACUGACCACGCAUCCCUAUCCUCUAUGGCCCCGUCGUUUCUUGACAACGCGUCUCCUCCCCCCAGAGAACCAGCCCCCCGGGUGCCGUAACGUGGGCCCUGGCGAGCAGAACAACUCCAACAAGCGAGCCAAGGCAGUCUCGGUCCAACCCAUCCCAUAUCAACACAUCUGGGCCAUGUAUAUACUGCGUAGCCCCCCCCCCGCGAUCCCCUCUUCAAGGGCGGCGACGAUAACUGGCAGCGCAAAUGACAAGAAAAACAAAAAAAGACAACCCUGGUGUCCCCUCAUCCCCGCCCGUGUGUGUGUCUCUCUCUCUAUGAAGGAGAAGCAGACGAACGGGGGAGAGAACGGCAAGUGUCCGCUACAUACACACAUGGAGAGAGAAGAGAAGGAGAAAUGCAAAAAAAAAAAAGAACAACAGACUUUCCUCAACGACAGGAAAACGCGAAAAUCAUCAGGGAAAGCAAAGGCCCCGCCAACCGUCGAGCAAGACCCUCCCCCGCCGUUCCCUCAUACCGGCCCACAUCGUUUCCCCCUUUCUUCGGUUUUUUUUUUCUUUCUGUUUCCACACAAUUGAUCGGUUUUUUUCCCGAGUCCGUCCAUCGUUCCCUCACUCGCGUCCUUUAUUUCCUUUGUUUCCGGUGUGUGCGUGAAACACUAAACGUCGAUUGGUGCCCGCGUUCUCGACGCCCCAAUAGGGGGCGAGGUGAGUGCGGUUCGUUGCUGGGGCAACCGAGCUUUGGUGGUUCUUCCAUGGUACCGGACCCGUCGUGAGGGGGAAAAACAAC